CGUUGCACAUUCUGUGAGGAAGGACGUAUUGUCGCUUAAUGAUAUUAGUUAUUUGACUUGUCCAAUGUGUACCGAGCCCUUAAAGUUAAUUCCCAGAGAAAGAUGGGAUGAGUUAAAAUUAGUUGCACAAUCUGACUGGCCAAGAAGUAUUUCUAUAUUAACGCUGUUGGAAACUGAGGAAUAUAUUUUAAAACAAGGUAUAGAUUAUGGUUUCAAGGUCUUCUGUCCGAACGGUAUUAUGACUAAUGGAAUCGUCGCAAUGAAUGUAAAGAACAGCUUGUAUGAAGUAAUAAUCCUAUGUCCCAAAGACGACAUCUCUGAACUUGAGAAAGCUUUGCGAAAGACUGCUCUCAUUGAGUGGACUAAACUAAAAGAGAUACCUUUUGCGCCUAAAAACGUUGCAGAUUGUGUUAGAAGAAUAACAAACGACAAAAAACUUUUGUAUAAUCACUGCACAAAAACACAAACGUACCUGUUAGAUAAAGACUCAAAUUUGUUUGACGUCAGCUUGGCUCCAGAUCUUAAAUUCGAGCUCCUAUCCCUAGACCACGUUAAUAUCACCAAUAGCAAAUGGCCUCAUAAAUUUCCAGGCUCAGAAUGGUACUACGAGUUAUUAAUUAAGUCGAAAUUAGGCUAUGGACUAUUCAAGAAUGGUGAGCUCGUAGCGUGGUCGUUUAUAAAAGAAAUGGGAGCGCUUGGACACUUGUACACUCUUGAAAAUCAUAGAAGGAAAGGCUAUGGUGAAUUAGUUCUAAAACUUAUAUCAAACGCACUAUUAAAAGAGAAGAAAUAUGUGUAUGCAUUCUGUGUUGCAGGAAAUACUGCAGCCAGUAAUUUGUACGAGAAGCUAGGUUUUGCCAAUGUUUUCGAUGUCGAGUGGCUUAGUUAUAUGCCGAGUUAAUUAUUAUUAUAAAUAAAGACCAAAAAAAGUUAUGAUUAACGUAUUUCUUAUUUC